UCUUCCUGAGUACUUCCUGUUUCAAAGUCCGGCUGAUAACUGUAAACAGUGGAGAUGUUGUUGUGCAAAAGCUUUAUAAAUCACUGUUUAUUUAUUUCACCUUGUUGUGAGAGAGUUUGAGCAACAGACAGAAAGACAGAUAUGCAGCCGUCUGCGGAGUCUCUGAUCCGGCUGCUGGAGUCAUACAGAGGGAGAGAUAAAGUUAUCAGGACAGCCUGUUAUGGCUCGCAGCUGGUUGGAGGAUAUCUGUCCCGGAGAGCAGAGGCUGGCGAUUCAUCCCACCGGCUUGGGAAACGUCUACUGCUGUUCUCUGCGCAACUCAGCCACUGCCGCACGGUGCUGAGGCUGUUUGAUGAUCUGUCCAUGCUGGCCUACUCCCAGAGCUAUGGGUUCGGAGGAAAGGAGGAGGAUGAAUGCAUCCGCUGGUUAUCGGUGCUAAACAACGUGGCCGACCAGCUGUACUACCCCUGUGAACACAUCGCCUGGGCUGCUGAUGCUGAGCUGAUCAGAGUGAAGUCUGAUAAGUGGUGGUUGCUCAGCACAGUGCUUUGGGGAACCUCGCUGCUGCUGGGAAUACUCAGAUCGCUUCGAGUUUUGAUGCUACUGAAGGAGAAGUUGAAGAGAUGUGAGAGGGAUGAGGGAGACAACAGCAGUUGCUCUCAGCUCCACAGACACAUGCGAGGGGAGAUUCUCACCAUCCUCAGCAGCACGGCUGACCUCAGUAAUGCCGUUCAUUGGAUGCCGCCUGGUUUCCUGUGGGCGGGACAAUUCCCCCCCUGGCUGGUGGGGCUGAUGGGCACUAUCUCAUCUGUGGUUGGUUUGAUCCAGAUGAACGCCGGAGACGGCCAGGAGACAGAGAGUACAUAGUACUAACCUCACUGUGAGGAACAGAUGACUGAAUGAAUGAUGUGAACUGAUGUAAAAUCAAGUAGUGAAAGAAUGUAUAAGAGAUCUUUAUCUUUGUGAUCAGUAUCUACUCAGAAUAUAAUAAGUAGUAGAUAAGGAGACUUUUUGCAAUCGUCAGUCCAAUAAUCAAGUGCUUCAUCAGCAUUGUGAUUGAAAGCAUCUUUUAUAAAGUAUCAGAAAUGAAUGAAUCAAUUAAAUGUUAAAUGUAUGUUAGUUGUUGCAUAUCUAUGUAUUUACAUUUUCAGACAGCAGUAUUCAGAUCCUAGAUGACAAUGAGUUCUUAAUGACGUUAGGGUUAAUAGGAGGCAACUACAUGGUGUAAAUGGACUUCAGCACAUCUGACCUCCUAUUAUCUCCUACGUACUGGGAUGAUAAUAGAUACAUAAUAUAGAAAAAUAAUAAAGCUAUGGUGAUUUUGGAUACAGUAAAACUUUAGAAAGACUGGUAAAUUGUUGCCUUAGUUAAAUAUACACUCCUUAGAAGUAAUUUUCAAGCAUACAUUGAUGAAUAAAUCAUCUGACCUUUUUUGUGUUUUUCAUGAGCUGGCAACUGGGAAAACUCAAGUAAAAAUGAUAUUCCUGUUUAAAAACCAACUGCACUGCAGUACAGCAACUUAUUUCACUGAUACAUUCCUCAGGUGUGGACAUUAGCUUUCUUUUUUUAAAUAAUAAGUGGCCUACAGACAACAAUGAUGCAGAUUUAUACUGAAAUGAGAAAAUGUUCAAAGUGUACAAACGCAGCUUAAUAUGUAAAUUGAAUUAUGCGUACAGUUAUUAAAGAUUUUGAUUAUG